AUGACCAUAUCCACCACCACAAGAUCCCUCCUACUACGAUCGCCACGCUGUCUCCCCCUCUGCACCGCAACACGGCGCACGCUGCUCCCUUCCUCACCGCUUCGUCAUCCACCCCGACGAUCACUCGCGACGACCUCGCCCCGCCUCUCGACUCCCACUUCGGCCGAUCCCUUGCCGUUGGAGGUCACCACCCUUCCGAAUGGAGUCAGAGUAGCGACCGACCCGGCACCGGGCCACUUUGUUGCUGCGGGCAUCUACGUCGAUGCCGGCAGUCGAUACGAGAGUGACCUGACCCGAGGCAGCGGUCACAUGGUCGAUCGAUUAGGCUUCAAGGUACACGCGAUCUUGAAACGGUAUCUCAAUAGCAAGUCCCGACUGACCCCCACGUUCUUCUAUCCUUCUGUAGAGCACCUCGAACCGCACCUACGAACAAAUGGCCAAAGAGAUCGAACAACUAGGCGGGCAAUUUCUGUCCUCGUCGUCGAGGGAAACGAUCAUGUACCAAGCCACAACAUAUACCCAUUCCCUCGAUUCGGUCGUAUCCCUCCUCUCGGAUACCGUGCUGAACCCUUUGAUCACGCCGGAUGAACUCGAUCAACAGCGCGAUGCGGCACUGUGGGAGAUUGGCGAGAUCAAGACCAAACCCGAGAUGAUUCUCCCCGAAGUAUUGCACAAAGUCGCUUACCAGCACAACACCCUCGGCAACCCUCUCCUGUGCCCCGAAGACCGACUCAGAACCAUGGACACGAGCACGCUCAAGGAUUUCCUCAAAAUGUGGUACAAACCCGAACGGAUGGUCCUCGCCGCAGCAGGGGUCGAACAUGAUCGCAUGCUCGAGUUGGCCGACAAGUAUUUUGGUCAUCUCGAAAAGAGUGUAGGGGUAGGCUCGACGAUCACACCUACCACUUCCUCUAGCCUCCCUUUCGUCCCGAGUGCUGCAUCCACCUCCACCCCCACCUCGACAUCAACAGCCUCGUCCUCGCUCUUCCGCCACCUCUCCACCUCCGCCACAUCCUCGGCAUCCCAAGCUUCUUCCUCCGCUUCACCCUCCCCCCUUGACCCCACGGGCUUCGAUUACCUCUCCACCGCCCCCGCGAAAUACACAGGUGGUGAGCUCUACCUCGACAACCCCGAUCUCGAAUUCACUCAUAUCUACGUCGCCUACGAAGGUCUAUCCAUCCACGACCCGGACAUUUACGCCCUCGCGACCCUCCAAGUCCUUCUCGGAGGAGGAGGUUCUUUCUCCGCCGGUGGUCCAGGCAAGGGGAUGUAUUCCCGCUUGUACACCUCGGUUCUGAACCAACACUACGCCGUCGAUUUCUGCGCCGCCUUCCAUCAUUGUUACCUCGAUUCGGGUCUCUUCGGGCUAAGUAUCGCCGUGAACCCUACCUGGAUCGCUUCGGCUCCUUGGGUCUUGGCCAACGAACUCGACGCCAUCACUCGACCGACGAGGGGAGGGAUCGAUCAUGGCGACGUUCAAAGGGCCAGGAAUCAGUUGAAGAGUUCGUUGAUGAUGGCGCUGGAAUCUCGGAUGGUUCAAGUCGAGGAUUUGGGACGACAAGUUCAAGUUCACGGGAGGAAAACGCCUAUGCAGGAAAUGGUCGCCUUGAUCGAUCAAGUCAGCUUGGACGAUAUCUAUAGAGUUGCAGGGAGGGUUUUGAGGCCCAAAAAGAGUUCGAUCGUGGGGGAUCGGAAGAGGAGUGGCAAACCAACCAUUGUGGUGCAGGGACAAUUGAAUGGGUUACCGGAUAUCCCGGGGACAUUGGCGAGGAAGGGGUUGAACGGCGAGGCAUAA